AUGUCACCCAAGAAGAACGCCCAGACGACGGCCAAAACCAGUGGUGGCAUCCUUCGCUCGGGACGCUUUGCUGCGACGGCCUCCAUCGACGUGGUCACCAAGGCUAAGUCACCGAAGAGUUGCAACUCCGGCGGCUGCUACGACGACGACUACCAGUUCACCAGGACCGUUGCCUAUGUCUGGACCAUCCGGCCCUCCGCCUCCUACGCCAGCGCUUGGCAGCUCCGUCUUUCUCCGGUCACCCCGCUGUCGAUUUGCACACCGAUCUGUGCACCACCAAUGCCAAACCCGCCCCUGCUGGCGGCAACAGCCAUGGCAGCGGCCACGACUAAGGCCUCCUCUCCGCCUGCACCAGGCACCUUCGGCCUUCGAGCUUCCUCUCGUCCGCCCUUCAUGGGUGGCACCGAGCUACCCUCUCCUUUGCCUCCGACAGCUGUGGUCCCCUUCUCUUCUACAUCAACGGGCUCAGCCACGACGGCAACAGCGGCAGGACCAUCGACUACUCCCACGCCGGCUCAGCUUUGGAACGCAGUGGUGUCUGGCCUUGCCCUGCCAUCAGAUGUCUGA